CACUCCAGGUAAAGAUGGCGGAGCGCGGUUACAGCUUUUCGCUGACUACGUUCAGCCCAUCUGGUAAACUUGUCCAGAUUGAAUAUGCCUUGGCUGCUGUAGCUGGAGGAGCCCCUUCAGUAGGAAUUAAAGCUGCAAAUGGUGUGGUAUUAGCAACUGAGAAGAAACAGAAAUCCAUUCUGUAUGAUGAGCGAAGUGUACACAAAGUGGAACCAAUUACCAAGCAUAUUGGCCUGGUGUAUAGUGGCAUGGGCCCAGAUUACAGAGUGCUGGUGCACAGAGCCCGGAAACUAGCUCAGCAAUACUAUCUCGUUUACCAAAAACCCAUCCCCACAGCUCAGCUGGUGCAGAGAGUCGCUUCAGUGAUGCAAGAAUACACUCAGUCAGGUGGUGUCUGUCCAUUUGGAGUUUCCCUACUAAUUUGUGGUUGGAAUGAGGGGCGACCAUAUUUAUUUCAGUCCGAUCCGUCUGGAGCUUACUUUGCCUGGAAAGCCACAGCAAUGGGAAAGAACUAUGUGAAUGGGAAGACUUUCCUUGAGAAAAGAUACAAUGAAGACCUGGAACUUUAAGAUGCUAUUCAUACAGCCAUAUUAACCCUAAAGGAAAGCUUUGAAGGACAGAUGACAGAAGACAACAUAGAGGUUGGAAUCUGCAAUGAAGCCGGAUUCAGGAGGCUCACUCCGACUGAAGUUAAGGAUUACUUGGCAGCCAUAGCAUAAUAAAUGAGUGACUGAAAAAUCUGGAAUCUCAGAUAAUCCCUCUACUCAAACAUGUUUAAAGUAUGUUUUGUUUUGCAGACUUUUUGCAUACUUAUUUCUACAUGGUUUAAUGGACUGAUGUUUUUAAAAUGACACUUAUAAAUCAUAAUAAACUGUUAAAUC